AUGGCAACAAGAGAUUUACCACAUUCAUUUAGUGAAUUAACAACAGGAUGGAUAAAAAGACUUCCACAAGAAAUAACGCUUGGUAAAUCAAAACAACAAUUAAUGGAUGAAGAUAAACAUUAUGAUAAUCCAGUAGAUGAACAGUCAACAACUAGUGAAUUUUCAGAAGAUGAAGAAAAUCAUCCACAAAAAGUUAAAUUUAAAAAUUUAUGGCCUGCUUUUGCUUCUGGUGCAGGAUUAUUUUCUGAUGGUUAUGUUAAUAAUUCUAUUUCAACUGUUUUAUAUUGUUUAAAAAAAAUUUAUGGUGAUGAAUUUUCUAAAAGUAAUGCUAUUUCAAACAUUGGAUCAAUUGCUUUUGUAGGUACUGUUGUUGGACAAUUAAGUUUUGGUUAUAUAAGUGAUAGAAUUGCAAGGAAAGGUGGUAUGAUGGCAGCUAAUGUUAUGUUGAUUGUUUUCACUUUAUUAUGUGCUGUUGGAUCAUGGGGUAAAACUACUCAAGGUUUUUUUGCAUGUUUAACUGUAUGGAGAUUUUUUUUAGGUGUAGCUAUUGGUGCAGAAUAUCCAACAAGUUCAGUUAUUGCUUCUGAAUUUGCAAAUCAAUUACCUGCUGGUCAUAGAAAUAGAUAUUUUUCAUGGUUUACUAAUUUUAUGAUUGAUUUUGGGUUUGUUGUUAGUGCUUUUGUUCCAUUUGUAUUAAUUUGGAUUUUCACUGAAAGACAUUUAAGAGCUCUUUGGAGAUUAACUAUUGGUUUAGGAGUUAUUCCACCAUUAUCUUUAUUUUUUAUUAGAAUGAAGAUGAAAAAUUCUAAAACUUUUGAUAAAUUAAAUAUGAAAUCAGUUAGAUAUAGAGAUUAUCCAUGGUGGUUAAUUAUUAAAUUUUAUUGGUUUAGAUUAACUAUUGUUUCAUUAAUUUGGUUUAUUUAUGAUUUUUCUGCUUAUUCAUUUGGUUCAUUUAGUUCAAUUAUAAUUGAUCAAAUUAUUCCUGAUGCUCCAAUUUGGAAACAAUGGGGUUGGAAUGUUGUUUUCAAUUUAUUUUAUAUUCCUGGUGCAUUUUUGGGUGCUAUUGCUGGUGAUUAUUUAGGUCCAAGAUUAACUUUAACUAUUGGUGUUACUUGUCAAGGUAUUAUUGGUAUUGCUAUGUCUGCAAGAUUAAAUGAUUUAAGAAAACAUAUUGCUGGAUUUGUAGUUGUUUUUGGUAUUUUUUCAACUUUUGGUGAAUUUGGACCAGGUGAUAAUAUUGGUUUAUUAGCUUCUAAAACCAGUGCUACUGCUAUUAGAGGUCAAUAUUAUGGUAUUGCUGCAGCUAUUGGUAAAAUUGGUGCAUUUGUUGGUACUUGGGUAUUUCCAGCUAUUCAAAAACAUUAUGCAUAUGAUUCAGAUUUAGAAUUACAAGUUCCAUUUUAUAUUUCAGCAGGAUUAUGUUUAUUUAGUGCAUUUUUGGCAUUAUUCUUUUUACCUCAUGUAGGACAAGAUGCUAUAAAUAGAGAAGAUGCAGAUUUUGUUAAAUAUUUAAAAGCAAAUGGAUUUGAUAUUGCAUUAUUAGGACAACCUGGUGAAAUUACUCAAAGAGAAGCUGCAAAAGUUGAUAGUGAUUUAGCUGGUGAAGGUGAAAGUUCUGAUGAAUUUGUUGCAAGACAAAAGACAAAUGAAUAUAAUGUUGAUCACAAAGAAAUGUAA